AUGUUUGCUUCUGCCCUGCAAACUCUGGCUCAUGGACACAACUUCAGUCAACAUAACCAGGAGAGGCCCUGCAAGCCAGGUUUCUACUGCCCAAUGGAGAGCUCCACACCACUCCCCUGUCCUGAGGGAACCUAUGGGCCAACUGCUGAUGCUGUGUCUGUAGACAGCUGUCUGCAAUGUCCCUCUCACCACUACUGUCCUAGACCGGGCUUGUCCACCUCCCUGCUGUGUGGUCCUGUGGCUCAGCAGCCUCUCUCUGGACAGGACACCUGCAUCUGCCCGGGGGAGGGACAGAGUUUUCAGACCAGUGAUGGACGAUGUCAAUGUACCAUUGGCUACCAGCCCACUAACAAUAGAGGAGCGUGUGUACACAAACUGUAUGAUGUCUGCAGAGACGGAAAAACACGCACGCAGUAUGGAGACUGCCUGAACAGACACCAGUGGUCACUUCAUUGCAGACAGCAGGUGUGUCCGUCUGCAGAGGACUACCAGGGCUACGAUGGAGAGCUGGGUCUGUGUGUUUGCAGAGAGCCUCUUGGACGAGCUGCGUGCGGUGGCCUGUGCAGGAGCAGGCCGGCCACUGAGCUGCAGCUCCGGUGCCAGUCCAGCGGAGAAAUGGAGCUGGUGUGGAGCUAUGACAGCAAGGUCAGCACAUCCAGAUCUACAUCAACACACAUAUAA